AUGGACGCUCUGCAAAGAAGAAAUAUUCCGGGGAUCGAUCCGCGGUGUGUUAUGUGUGGUGAAGAAGACGAGUCGGCUGAGCAUCUUUUCUCUUCAUGUUGCGUAGCGGCGGUCAUAUGGCAGCAGGUGAGCAGAUGGUGUAACAUUCCAAACUUGUUGGUUUUUUUGGUCAAAGAUUUGUUGGUUGCUCAUGAUUUUUGUGGGCUGAACGGUGGGAAAAAGGAAGUGGUCAAAGGUGUCAUUAGAGUAGCGUGUUGGAGCUUUUGGAGAGCCAGAAAUGAAGCGAAAUUUAAUAGGAAGACGAUAAGCAUAGGAGGUAUUUUAAGUGAGAUUAAGUCGGGUUUUGUUGUUCGGGUGCCGCCUCGGUUUGAGGUUUUGGCGUUUGGUUAA